CUUCCUACAGCGAGGCCCGGGGCGUCCGUGCGCGGCGGUCCGGCUGCGCCCCCCGUCUCUUCCGUCUCGGCCCUCGCCGUCGCCGGCGCCAUGAACAAGAAGAAGAAGCCCUUCCUGGGCAUGCCCGCGCCGCUUGGCUACGUGCCGGGGCUGGGCCGUGGCGCCACCGGCUUCACUACCCGCUCGGACAUCGGGCCUGCCCGGGACGCCAAUGACCCCGUGGAUGACCGCCAUGCGCCGCCAGGCAAGAGGACUGUGGGGGACCAGAUGAAGAAGAGCCAGGCCGCAGACGACGAUGAUGAGGACCUGAAUGACACCAACUAUGACGAGUUCAACGGCUACGCCGGGAGCCUCUUCUCCAGCGGGCCCUACGAGAAGGAUGAUGAGGAGGCCGACGCCAUUUACGCGGCUCUGGACAAGAGGAUGGACGAGAGGAGGAAAGAGAGGAGGGAGCAGAGGGAGAAGGAGGAGAUUGAGAAGUACCGCAUGGAGCGGCCCAAGAUCCAGCAGCAGUUCUCAGACCUCAAGAGGAAGUUAGCAGAAGUCACGGAGGAGGAGUGGCUGAGCAUCCCUGAGGUCGGCGAUGCCAGGAACAAGCGCCAGCGGACCCCUCGCUACGAGAAGCUGACCCCCGUGCCCGACAGCUUCUUCGCCAAACACCUGCAGACUGGAGAGAACCACACCUCAGUGGACCCCCGGCAGACGCAAUUUGGAGGUCUUAACACACCCUACCCAGGUGGGUUGAACACCCCCUAUCCCGGUGGAAUGACACCUGGGCUGAUGACACCUGGCACAGGGGAGCUGGACAUGAGGAAAAUCGGGCAGGCCAGGAACACGCUGAUGGACAUGCGGCUGAGCCAGGUGUCGGACUCUGUGAGUGGGCAGACCGUGGUCGACCCCAAGGGCUACCUGACGGAUCUGAACUCCAUGAUCCCAACGCAUGGCGGGGACAUUAACGACAUCAAGAAGGCACGGCUGCUGCUCAAGUCUGUUCGGGAAACAAACCCGCAUCACCCGCCGGCCUGGAUCGCCUCGGCCCGUCUGGAGGAGGUGACUGGGAAGCUGCAGGUGGCCCGGAACCUCAUCAUGAAGGGGACGGAGAUGUGCCCUAAGAGCGAAGACGUCUGGCUUGAGGCGGCCAGGUUGCAGCCUGGGGACACGGCCAAGGCUGUGGUGGCUCAGGCUGUCCGCCACCUCCCUCAGUCGGUCAGGAUUUACAUCCGGGCGGCGGAGCUGGAGACAGACACCCGCGCCAAGAAGCGGGUGCUCAGGAAAGCCCUGGAGCACGUGCCCAACUCCGUGCGGCUAUGGAAGGCGGCUGUGGAGCUGGAGGAGCCCGAGGACGCGCGGAUCAUGCUCAGCCGCGCCGUGGAGUGCUGCCCCACCAGCGUGGAGCUCUGGCUGGCCCUGGCCAGGCUGGAGACCUACGAGAACGCCCGCAAGGUCCUGAACAAGGCCCGCGAAAACAUCCCCACGGACCGACACAUUUGGAUCACGGCUGCCAAGCUGGAGGAGGCCAACGGGAACACACAGAUGGUGGAGAAGAUUGUUGACCGCGCCAUCACCUCGCUCCGGGCCAAUGGCGUGGAGAUCAACCGCGAGCAGUGGAUCCAGGACGCGGAGGAGUGCGACAAGGCCGGGAGCGUAGCCACCUGCCAGGCCGUCAUGCGCGCAGUGAUCGGCAUCGGGAUCGAGGAGGAGGACCGGAAGCACACCUGGAUGGAGGACGCGGACAGUUGCGUGGCCCACAGUGCACUGGAGUGUGCCCGCGCCAUCUACGCCUACGCCCUGCAAGUGUUCCCCAGCAAGAAGAGCGUGUGGCUGCGCGCCGCCUACUUUGAGAAGAACCAUGGCACCAGGGAGUCCCUGGAGGCGCUGCUGCAGCGGGCCGUGGCCCACUGCCCCAAGGCAGAGGUGCUGUGGCUCAUGGGUGCCAAGUCCAAGUGGCUGGCGGGGGACGUUCCCGCAGCGAGGAGCAUCCUGGCUCUGGCCUUCCAGGCCAACCCCAACAGCGAGGAGAUCUGGUUGGCGGCUGUGAAGCUGGAGUCGGAGAACAGCGAGUACGAGCGGGCGCGGCGGCUGCUGGCCAAGGCGCGGAGCAGCGCGCCCACUGCCAGGGUCUUCAUGAAGUCCGUGAAGCUGGAGUGGGUGCUGGGCAGCAUCGCCGCGGCCCAGGAGCUGUGUGAGGAGGCGCUGCGGCACUACGAGGACUUCCCCAAGCUGUGGAUGAUGAAGGGGCAGAUCGAGGAGCAGGAGGGGCUCGUGGAGAAGGCCCGGGAGGCCUACAGCCAGGGGCUGAAAAAGUGCCCCCACGCCACGCCCCUGUGGCUCCUGCUCUCCCGCCUGGAGGAGAAGGUUGGGCAGCUCACCCGGGCGCGGGCCAUCUUGGAGAAGUCUCGCCUGAAGAACCCCAAGAACCCGGGCCUAUGGCUGGAGUCCGUGCGGCUGGAGCACCGGGCCGGGCUGAAGAACAUCGCCAACACGCUGAUGGCCAAGGCGCUGCAGGAGUGCCCCAGCUCGGGGGUGCUGUGGUCGGAAGCCAUCUUCCUGGAGGCCCGGCCGCAGAGGAGGACCAAGAGCGUCGACGCCCUCAAGAAGUGCGAGCACGACCCUCACGUGCUCCUAGCAGUGGCCAAGCUGUUCUGGAGUGAGCGCAAGAUCACCAAGGCCCGAGAGUGGUUCCACCGCACGGUCAAGAUCGACGCGGACCUGGGCGACGCCUGGGCGCUCUUCUACAAGUUCGAGCUACAGCACGGCUCAGAGGAGCAGCGUGAGGAGGUGCGGCGCCGUUGUGAGAACGCGGAGCCCCGGCAUGGGGAGCUGUGGUGCUCUGUGUCCAAGGACAUCGCCCACUGGCAGCGGAAGGUCGGGGAGAUCCUGGUCCUGGUGGCAGCCUGCGUGAGGAACCCCUUCUGAGGCCCAGGGCCGGCGCUGUGGGGUCCGGGCGUCCGUCCUGCCCCAUUAAAGGCUUCUGUGU